AUUUUCAUUACCAUCUAAAUUUCUUCAGACAAAAGUUACAAAACCCUAAUUUCUUAUCAAUGAAAGUUGUGUCAGUAGUUUUGUUAUUUGUUUUGUGUAAUGAGAAUUUAGUUUCUGGUUUGCCAUUGGCGCCAGCUUUAUAUGUUUUUGGAGAUUCAUUAUUUGAUAAUGGAAAUAAUAAUUUCUUGCCAACUUUUGCCAAGGCUAAUUUUCUUCCUUAUGGUGUCGAUUUUGCUCAUGGAGUUACCGGAAGAUUCACUAAUGGUAGAACUGUUGCUGAUUUUAUAGCUGAAUUUCUUAGGCUGCCAUAUCCUCCGCCAUUGUUGAGCAUCAGAACGAGUCCAGUUACGGGUUUGAAUUUAGCAUCUGGAUCUUGUGGCAUUCUUCCUCAAACUGGAAGUCAUUUGGGAAAAUGCUUGAGUUUGAAUGAUCAGAUAGAUUUAUUUGAAGCAACAGUUGAAUCAGAGAUAUCAACUCACUUCAAAACCAAAAAUGAAUUUUCAAAUUACUUAUCAAAAUCCAUAUGCAUAUUUUCUAUAGGCAGUAAUGACUAUAUAAACUACUUUGACACCUCAGCUAAUUUUGUGUUAAACAAACACACUCCUCAAGUAUUUGCUCAACUUCUCCUGGAUAAACUCUCUCACAAUUUUGAGAGAUUAUACAUUUUAGGAGUGAGAAAGAUCUUAAUGUUCGAAAUCGGUCCGAUCGGAUGCAUCCCGUCGAUAUCGAGGUCGAGGCAUGGGGCAAUAAGGAAUGAAAAAUGUGAAGAAGGAGCAAACCAGAUGGUUUCAUACUUCAAUGACAAGCUUGCUGCAAUGCUUCAAAAUCUAACAUCUACACUCCCUGACUCUACAUUUGUUUAUGGUCAUGCUAAUUGGCUAGGCUAUGAUGCUGUUAUUAAUCCUUCUAGAUAUGGUUUGAUGGACACAAGCAACCCUUGCUGCAGAACAUGGGGCAAUGGAACAUCGGCAUGCAUUCCAUGGAUAUCAGCAUGCUCCUUUCCAAACAAACACUAUUUUUUUGAUGCUUUUCAUCUUACUGAAACUGUCUGCUCUUCCAUUGCAUCUCAUUGUAUUAAUGACAAAUCUGUUUGUUCUCCAACAUUAGACCAGCUUAUCAAAAUGUAAUCAUUUCAAACACAAAACAAUAUUAAUUCUAUUCAUAAA